UUCAGGAGAGGACACAGGCAGAGGACAGGAAACAAGAAGAAAAGUAAGAGAGAGGGAAAAAAAGAGGUAAAGAAGACAAAAACACUCUUGGCUGGGAAUCCAUCCAUCCCAUCCGGCCGACUGCAAAAGCUCCAGUCUGCAGUGAAUGGUCAAAACCAGUGUGACUGGGCGCCUACUGGGAGAACUGACCACAGUGAGCAGACUGCAGAACAGCAUGGCUGACGGCGUGAGCGAGGAGUUAGAGCAUAACCUGGAGAAAGAUGAGCUGAGCUGGGGCUACGAGGAAGGUGUAGAGUGGGGACUCCAUUUCCCAGCAGCCAAUGGCGAGUAUCAGUCUCCAAUUAACUUAAACUCCAGGGAGGCCCAGUAUGACCCGUCCCUCCUAGACGUAGGCUUAUCACCAAACUACGUGGUGUGUCGAGACUGUGAGGUCAUCAACGAGGGACACACUGUCCGCAUCCUUCUCAAGUCCAAGUCAGUGGUUACCGGGGGGCCGCUGCCCAGUGAUCACGAGUUUGAGCUUCAUGAGGUUCGAUUCCACUGGGGCAAAGAGAACCAGAGAGGAUCAGAGCACACUGUCAACUUCAAGGCUUUCCCUAUGGAGCUCCAUCUCAUUCACUGGAACAGCACUCUGUUUAACACUGUGGAGGACGCCCUGGGGAAGAAGAAUGGAGUCCUCAUCAUAGCUUUGUUUGUGCAGAUUGGGAAAGAGCACCUGGGUCUGAAGGCCAUCACUGAAGUCCUGCAGGACCUACAGUACAAGGGGAAGAGCAAAAUAAUCCCAUGCUUUAACCCCAAUACUCUGUUACCUGACCCAUUGUUGAGGGACUACUGGGUGUAUGAAGGAUCUCUGACCACCCCACCCUGUAAUGAAAAUGUGACCUGGAUCCUCUACCGCUAUCCUCUCACCAUCUCACAGCUGCAGAUUGAGGAGUUUCGGAGGCUGCGGUCUCAUGUCAAAGGGGCUGAGCUGCUGGAAGGGAAUGACGGGAUGUUGGGGGACAACUUCCGUCCCACCCAGCCGCUCAGUGACCGGAUGGUUCGGGCUGCCUUCCAGUGACUCUCACGUUUCACUUCAACUCAGAAAACAAUGGGUCCUUACCUUACGAGUAUAGAAGGAGAGAAGGAAGACGAGGGCUGAGGAGCGGAAACAGGAGGAGAGAGGGGAAGUUUAUGUACUUAUAGAUCAGCUGCAGACUGGGGGUUGAGAAACUAUUGAUAACAAUGUGUGUUUGUGUGUUUUUUGAACAACCUCUCACUCUCUCCCCCCAAUUAUGACUAUAUAAAGUGUGUGUAUUAAUGUAUGUGUGCGUUUCCUGAGACAUGUUAGGAAACUUGAUAACCAGACCGUCUCAACUGUCAAAACAAGGAAACAUAAACAACAGACACAUACAUACACACACACACACACACACACACACACACACACAAACACACACAUGCACACACAAGAACACACACACAAACACACACACACACACACACAAACACACACACACACACACACACACACACACACACACACACAAACAAGAACACAGUACACACAUGUGGUGGAUACACCUUACGGGCAUACACCUGCAGCUAUGUUACAGACCAUUACUGCCGCGGACCUACUGCACAAGUUUAACACACGGUCUACAGACUAACCUGACCAAAUAUUUCAUUUGGAAUCAGACAAAACUAAAAAGGAUUAAACAAUUACGAACUUUAUAUCGGCCUAUAAGAGAAUAUAGAUAUGAGGAUAUUCACAUUACAUAAAUUCUAGGCAAUGACAAUCAAAAAAACAUCUUACUGAUCAUUCCUUGUUCAGCAAUGCAGACAUAACAAUUUUUUUAUUUAAUAACAUAAAGAACAUAAUUAUUAUAGAAAAACCAUUAAUAUUGUGGGUUUUUUUCAAAGAUUGGAAAGAGUGUGAAUUUCUGUCACCUCUCUUUUUUCUUAUAUGAGUCAAAGGGUUGCUUUAGAUUUUCAUCAUUCCCAUUGUUGACACUCAAAUACAGCCAGUCUUGGAAACUUGUGACAUUUCAUUUCUUGUUUAUCCAGCAAACGGUCACCUGAUAUUGAGCCAUUGAAAACCUAUUUAAAGAUACAUACUCAAAGGUUAGUUUACACCACAUUGAACAUUUAUAUCUAUAUUUAUACUGGAUACAUGCUAUUGGAGCCCCCCAAUUGAUGCUAAAGGGUUGAUCAACAUCAUGUUGGUUCACUAACACAGUAUGUAGAGGCUACAAUUUUGCAUUCGUAUCAUCCUGUCUUUAUUCUUUGAUACAUUUAAUGUCCUUUCUUUGUUGACAGUGAAUGUUGACUAUUAACAGCUUUAAUACAGAAUAUUGGUCUUUGCUGUUUGAUAUCAGAGCCUCCAAUAAGAUCAGGUGGAACACUUUACUGUCAUUACUCGCUUCAUUGUUUUUUUAGGAGGUGGGGAUGAUUACGAGCACUGCUGUGGUUUGUGUGUGUGUGUUUGUCUGUGUGUGUGUGUGUGUGCAUGCCCGUGUCUUAAAGGUACUUUGUCUGAUACAAUGAGGUGAAGUAAACAGUGAGAACUGACUGUAAAGCUCAAUAAAAUACAACACUGACUCACUAUUA